CCGUACCGGUCGUAGGAAAGCCUCCCUCCAAAAUCCCAAAGAUCGACAGUCGUUGCAUCGCUGGACCAGCCCAGUCCAUUCCGUCCCACUCGGUCCGAUAUUCUUCGAAGUCAAAGCAACAACGGAACCCAACGAAAACAGAGGACGUUUGGAACCAUCAAAUGGCCAGCGAAAGCGGAUCCUUCCUCGCAACCACGGCGGAUGAUCCCGCAGUGGUGCCCGAUGCGUCGACCGACGACGGCGCCACUGCCCCGGAACGAUCUUCCGUCCAGCCACUUGUGGGAAUGACCGCUGCCGCUGCUUUGGCCCAACCGGUUGCGACGGCCCAUGCCGAGCUGGAGAACCACCUUCACCAAAGCAUCGGGGACGGGCACGCUGGUGUGAACGACAUCGACGACGACGACGACGACGACGCCCCGCAGGAUCAACUUCCAGCGUCGUCGGUAUCUUCCGCCUCUUGCAACGGCGGCAACGCCAGCAUGCUCGACGAGUACGGGGAUGCAACGACCCUUGCGUCCACCGCCGACAGCAGCCACGACAACAACAUCGCCAUCUGCCAGCAGAUAUCUUUGGGGGAAAACACCAGGGCCCUUGCCGACGGGGACGGCCAGGGAAUGCCUGCCACCCCGCCGGAGGCUUCCGCGCCCCCGGCGCACCGCAGGAGCAACAGCCACGGCGGCGAGACGGGUGGUACCAACCGAAAGAAACGCCUGUGUCGGUUUCCGGGGUGCACGAGGGUCAUCAAGAGCCAGGGGCAUUGCCAGCGGCACGGCGCCAAGGCCAAGCGGUGCAAGGUGAGGAGCGCGGUGCACACCGUGCACACGUGUGGUGGUGUAGUUCUGUGCUGUGCUGUGCUGUGCUGUGCUGUGUUGUUCGACCAACCGAUUGCCUUGCACGCACAUUGGUUUCUGUGUACGGCAAGUCCAUGCCCGCGUCGUUUCUUUUGGUCCCACGGCAAUGGCUGACUAAUUUUUCCCUUUUUGUGUUUCUCGUUGUCCGAUCGCACUCGAAAUUGUGCACGGUCUACGGAACAACUUUCUCACAUUCUGUGCUCGUUCCAGGUCGAGGGGUGCGAAAAACAGGCCCAGGGCACGCACAACGGCAUGUGCAAGCGCCACUGGCGGGCCGUUCACUUUCCCCACCAGGUCGCCGCCAAGGCGGAAGCCGAGCGCAAGAAGCAAGAAGACGAGAAGCCGCCCCCCGCGGUUGGAGAGAGCGUCUACGACACGGUGCUCCCGGCCUCCAUUGCCUACCGGCCGUCUUCCAUAUCCGUGGUGGCGGCCGAAAAGAACGCCAACCACGCCGCCGCGAUGGUGCUGGCAAAGGCCAACGGGGAGGCGAGCCCGGGGGGAGCACUGGCCGCGGUCGCGGCAAACGCGAACGCGGCUGCUGCCAAGACGGAGGGCCUGUCCGGCCCCGGGGCGACCGAGACCGGCGCGAGCGAGGCCGGCAACAGCAAUAUCGUCUCGACCAUGCCCCUGGUGACCUUUCUGCGGGACGGAGCCCUCCACAAGCCCGUCGGAUGGCACCGCCAGGCCGAACGCCGGGCCCGGGGGAUGUUCGAGUGCCCCUCCCUCGGCUGCCAGCUCGAGCCGUGGGAAAAGCAGCUGGCGCUGGUGGAGAUUCUCCUCCUGAGCGGGGGGACCCCGCACGCCAACUUUCGGGACCUGGCCCACGCCUGGGGGCGGGAGCGGGGCUUCCACCAGGCGGUGGCCUCGAGUGUGUGCACCCGAAGGGGGGAGGUCGAGCGCAAGAAACGCUCCGAUGCCGGCAGGAGGGGAGGAGCCGCGGCCGGUGGUUCGUCCUCGAAGGCAAGCGCGGCCGGGACAUCGGCGGCCGUUCCGCACCGAAAGCGCGCCAAGUACAACACCAAGCAGCAGCCGCAGCAACAGAGGCAGCCGCAACCGCAGCAGCUCCAGUUGCAGCAGCCGCGGCACCAGUACCAGCAGCAGGUGCCACAAAUACAGCUUCUGCAGCAGCAGCAACAACAACCCUUGCCGCCGCACCCGACAACAACUCCUAUGGUGCUGCCCUUGCAGCAGCAGCAACAACAACCAUUGCAGCACCAGACCCUGCUGUCGGAAAUGACACCAAGCCCGGUUUCAACAAUGGCGGCUUCGGCGCCGAAUCCUGCUUUGCUCCCGGCAAACAACAACCUACCAGCGGUGGCAAUGGCAACCGCCAACAACGGGGUCGGUGGCGUUGUCACCAUGAGGGGAAACGUGGGGGAUAGUUCAUAGCAACAUCUUGCUGGCUACAGCGUUGCAUUCCAACACGACUUGUUUGCCGUUCACUACAGAACACUCAAAGCGGUUCUUGCGAGACAACCCAGAUGGACUAAGAUUCCUAAUGUUGGCAUCGAACGCACGUGGCGCCGACCGGAAUGAAUGAUGCGUGAUAUG